GAACCGGAGCGCGACGCGUCAAAGCGUAAAAUCGGCAUAGAAAGUGAUCAGUUUUCUUUCUACUUUAAAAGAGGCUGUUCGACCUUAUGCCGACCAUUACUGUCCCGAAUAAGGCCGUUAAUAAUAAUAUGGAUUGCUACACUUUGAUAAUCCUUGCAAGUGUGGCUAUGGUAGCCACAGGGUGGUCGUUUCCCUUCUUCCCGGUGCAAAGAGUUCCUCAAUUGCGAGUCACCAGAUUAGCACCGAUACCUCAUCAUCAUAGGCUUCCAAAUCGACCGGAACUAUACGUAAGACAUCCACCAAUACCAAAACCGGAGCGACCCAAACAUAUUAUGCAUGAUUAUGAUGAUUACGAGGACGAAGAAGAUGAUCACGAUCAUCACAAUGAUCACAAUCACAAAAAUGAUCACAAUCACAAUAAUGAUCACAAUCACAAUAAUGAUCACAAUGGAAAUGCCGGUGUGAUCGGUCCAGUCCAUUCAUUCGUCAAAACGGACAAAAAUGCAAAUUACAAGUGGGGUGUUCGACAUCACGUUGGAAAAAAACACGCUUCGUAGCGAAGCGUUUCUGAAUAUUGUUUUAUAACUUAUUUGAUCGUAUCUAUA